CAGACAGCUGUGACCACUGUAAACAAAGGAGGACGCAUUUUAAGCCCCUCCCACCACGCACAGCUGACGCUGCCAGAGCUCGCACGUCAUUUACAAAGCGGGUUGGAAGUUCCAAGACAUAUGCGUCGGUGAUAUCCGCUCCUAGCGGCUGCUGGUGGCGAUGCUACUGCUUGUGAUCAUCAGCUAGCCCAGGCUUAGCUGGCUCGGAGUGACGGGGACAGAGAACCGUGGGCGAAGCCAGCUGGUGACAUCAGGCAGCUGACACCAGCACACAAAAGGAAAAAUAUUACUAUAUAUAAAAAAGGUUUGAAAGUUGGAAUUGUAUUUGGUUUCACCGAACUGGAGCGUAGUGGUGUAUUAGGCUAGUCGGCAGCUGGUUUUGUUGCCUGGAGCGAACUUAACUUGGAUAUUAUUGGGUUGUUUCAGGCUGUGAAAUCUGCCUGUGGGUGUUUGAAAACCGUAGCAAAAAAAUAACAAAGCACAAUGAGCUCCGAAGAGACAGCAGCGCCCAGCAAAGCCGCUCCGGAGGAUGAUGGCAUGACCUGGUGGUACAGAUGGCUCUGCAAAAUCGCUGGGGUUUUGGGAGGAAUAUCCUGCGCUGUCUCGGGAGUAUGGAACUGCGUCACUGUGAACCCUUUAAACAUCGCUGCUGGAGUAUGGAUGGUGUUGAAUGCCUUUGUGCUGUUCCUCUGUGAGGUCCCUUUCUGCUGCCAGUUCAUAGAGUUUGCAAAUGCGAUCGCAGCCCGCGCAGACAAACUCAAGCCCUGGCAGAAAGCCCUCUUCUACUGUGGGAUGGCCCUGUUUCCCGUGUUCCUGAGCUUCUCCAUUACAACGCUGUUUGGAAACGCCAUCGCCUUUGCCACAGGAGUUCUGUAUGGCCUUGCGUCUUUAGGCAAAAAGGGAGAUGCUGUGACUUACGCCAGACUACAGCACCAGAAGCAGGGAGACGAAGAGCGGACAGCAGGGACAGUAAACGGAGCUCCGGAGUGAGGCGUCCGAUUCUCCUCCCCUCGUCUUGUUUUGCAGUUUUUACACUUGGACCUCCACAUUCAUCCUACCUUUUGUCAUGUUCUCCUUUCCAAAACUACAUAGUUGUUUAUUUAAGUGCUUAGUUUGGUGGGGUUUUUUUGUUGUUGUUCUGAACCAAUACUGUCAACAAAUGUUGAAUUUAUUUAUUUAUCUCCGAUCUAAAAGAUGGAAUUUAUCACCGUGUCUCAACGCUUUUGAGAUUAUGCUUUAAAUUCUUCCUUUAGAUUUUAGUUUUCGUUUGUUUUUGUUUUUUUUUUAGCAAACAUUUACUUUACAACAACUUAGUUUUUUCCUCAAAACCUUCCAGUAAAUUACACGUGAAAUGAUUGUGAUAGAAACAUAAUUGAGCUCAGCUUAUUCAGGCAAUGCAGAGACAUGCAGUUGGGCAUUUUUAUUAGCAAUGCAGUGCGGGCCGGAAGCUCACCAGCAAAAGAUUUGACAUUUUCAUUAUUUACUAAUGACAAAAUGACCGUUAAAGAGCGGUAAGAACUGAGUUUAUGUUCUUCAGGGCGAAAAAGAAAAACCCAUUUACAGUGGUAGUUAUCCCGCCAGUUGUAACAAACAAAUUUGACUGUAUAAUUUAUAUUUUUACAUGAAACCUCCACCUGACUUGGAGCGAAAAGCCAAGCUAGCCAGGAUCGUGGUGCGGAGGUUGAAAUGUUCUGGUCUUGCAUGAAAAAGCCACACAUAACUACAGAGAUGUGUGGCUGCAUUUUAGGGAAAAUGAAAUUCUGUUGUUUGAAAUCACUGAGUCUUACUGGGGAUAUAAUAUUAAUAAUGAUAAAGUCUGAAGGAUAAUGAUAGAACUGUACACAUGCAGAAAUGCUUCUGUUAUAAAGUUUGAGUGUAUCAAAAAGAAACCACAGGUCUGGCCACCACAUGGACAUUUAAAUGUUUGAUGCUUUCUGUAACAAAAGGACAAAUUUAAAAUAAAAGAAGAGUAGAGCAGUGUAAUUUCAUAAAUGAUAAUGAUGUUUGCAUUUAGUUUAUUCCUUGUUUUUUUUUUUUUGUUGUGCCGGUUUUUAUUUCAAACUGAUAUUUUAAUUUUAAUCAAACCAGAUACAGUGAAGGAAACGAUGUUUGAAAAGCCCAAAAGUGAAUCAAAUUUUUUAUCGCACCACAGAAAAAUGUCAUCAUGGGGGGGGAAACAAGAAAACAUACUAUUCAAGUUAGGCAGGUGGGUUUCUUUGUUAAAUUUGAAUAAAAUCUACAGUGAGAAAAAUAAUUAGAAUGUUACACAACCCCCCCAAAGAAACUGUUAUGUUGGACAAGGAACCAAGUUUAUUUUCCUACCAAACAUAAGUUUGGAGGAUUGGCAGUGGAUGCACUUAUAAAUGUGGAUUCACUGUGUUUGAGAACUUCAGGACAGUUUUCAAUGGGAGGUUAUGCUUCUUCAAUAAUUAAAAUCUAUUUUAAAGCUUUCCAUGCAUUUUUAUCAGGGAUGAAAGUAAAUAUGGAGAUCUCUGUUUGUUCAUAAAACCUAAAGUGUUUCCUUAACCUUUUCACUGUCUUUUGUCACAACUUUUGUAUUUAGUUUCCUCUUCUGUUUUAAUUUGUUGUUUGAUCAAAUGAGAAAUCUUGUAGCCUAUUCCCUUCACCUUUUGAACAGUUUUGACUUUAUGGGCUUUGAUCAGUUUUUGGUAAAAGUUUCCGACUCCUGAUCUCCUGAGUUUUUGACCCUAUUUCAGCCAAACCUGCUCAGAAUAGGAAGAGGUAUUAAGGUAUAGUGACAUGGCACACAAAAACCUCUUUACUGUGGCUUGUGGGCAUUUAUGAACAAAGGCAAGAGGGAUUUAAUGUUAUAAGAGGUUUAUCCAAAGAUUUCCACACCUGAGGUUGAUUAUUUUUGUGUUAGACUUUUGUGUCCUUUUCGUUUUUUGUAUCCCCAGAUAAGCUGAUUUAGUGUAGCUCAGCCUGUGUAGCCUAUCUUGAGCUGGGAUGUGUGCUCAUUUGUAAAACAUUUUGUAAAGUUUUUUUUUCUUUGUUUCUUUAAAAGAAUUAGGUAAUCAUUAACAGUUUAAUGGAGGGAAGUGUCUUUCUUCAGGGACUGUUUUGGUGUGUAUUCCACUCAUUAGGCAGAGUGAUGGUUUACUUUAGUCGUGACAUUAAAGCGAGACGGAGAUUGUACGAUUUAACUGUUUUUAUUGCCUUGCCCCGAAAAAACGAAUGCUGCUUGCAUGUAUCUCUUACAGCCUUUGCUGUCUAAAAGUCUCUAUUCUGUCAGUUUCUGAUCAAGUUUUAUUUAAUGUACCACCAGGGACAGCUCUCAGGUAUCAUACAGAAAUAGCGCCAGCUGCACGACUUUGAAUCUACCGUGUCACUUUAGCCAGUUGAAACACUUUAGCAAUCUCCGGUGUUGGUGAAUGUUUAAGGAACAUCACUGAUUAUUCUCCUUGUCCACACCCAUUUGAUUUAUUGUCUUUAUUUAGUUCAAGCAAUUCGCCCGUUUGAUUCAUCUGUGUCAUCGGGUGUUUAAUGCCGUUUUAGCUGUAAGAGGUACGUGUACAGUCAUUGUGUGUUGUGAUGUGAAGUCCGAUAAUGAAUUUGGUGAAAUAAACUUGCUACUACCAGUG